AUAUGGACAUGCAGGAUAUAUUGAUUCAACACCAAGGUAUAAUAGGUUAUAAGGACUAUUCUCUGCCUUCGGCAUAAAGAAUGAUUACAAGAUAAUAGUUUGUGAUCAUCCUUUACAAUAACUGUUCACUCAACUCAAACACCACGCACGAAUAAUAUUUUCCUAAUUAAUUCUAUUUUCCUGCAAGCAGUGCUACAUAAUGGUUAGCACGGAAAAAUAGGUUAGUUGCAUGGUCACUAGAUCAAGCCAUGGAUACGUUUACAAGUCCACCCGCUCCGGUCGUCAAAUACCACACUUGCGAUACUUGCGAUACUUGCGAUAUUUGCGGUACUCACCUUAGGUUUUCACUUUUAUUCAAAAUGUCGCAAACAAACUCUAAUCUAGAUGACGAUCUUUCUGAUGUUCUUACUAUAACUCUACCAAGACGCCCAGGGGCUGAUCUUUCAAGUAAAUUACUUUUUAGGGAAGACGAAAUUGUAAACAUCGUUGUUAAAGCAGCUACUGAUGGCCAUGUUAACGGUUCUUUAUAUUGUGUUUCCUCUAAUGAGUUUUCUGACGGAAGGAAAUCAGACAUUCUCUACAUUCCUAAAACAAAUAAGCCAACAGAAACCACCUUGCCAAUAAUUGUUGAAAUACAACAAAUUGUUGAUAUCUCUUUCAUAAAAAGAAUUAAUCGAUACUGUUUGAAUGUUCAUGAUGCGUACAAAGUAUUUCCAAAAGUCAUCGUCUUUGUUAUCAAGGGAUUUUCAAGUAAAGCGCUCAUGAAUGAUUUUGCUAUAGAGGAAGGUUAUCCUUAUUAUACAACACACAAACAAUACUGGGCACAUUUUAUUCAAUUCUACAGUUUGGACUCAAUUUCAUCUUUUGUAACUGAUGAAUCUACUAUGACACCUAUUAUAGCAUUAAGUUAUUUUUUAUGCAGUCAACAAAAAAGUAUCAUGGCUUUGGACGAGAGUGAAGAUGAGGAGCUCAGAAAAAUUUACAAAAUUGCCUAUCGCUCUUUUUUGCAGUAUGCUACAAUUGAAAACACCUUGACCGAUUUGGCAAAUGAUGUUCUUGACAAAACGAACAAACAGUUCGAAAAAAUUGUGAACUGUGCACAUGAAAAUUCAGAAAGUUCACUAAGAGCUUAUGCGAAAAAUGGAUUGGAGUUUACCGAGAAACGCCGAAAACUUUUUUUCGAAAAGGAACAAGACGCUACUGUCACCCCAAUUGAAAUUGUUGAGAGCGCUGAUUUGUUUUUUGUCAAGAAUUUUAGAAAUAAUAUACCAGGAAGAAUGAACUGGUCAGCUUGUUAUACAUCAGGACUGAGCGACGGAUUGUUUAGCAGAUUUGGAAGCCCUCUAUCUUUAAAAGAUGCAUUUCUAAACGACAGAUUGUAA